AUGCGUUGGGUUUUAGUGUCAUACUUGAUUAUCUUCCAAUAUUUGCUUCUACAUUUUUCUUCAUACAAUUGUUUGUCAUGCAACCCUGAUGACGAAUCUGUCCUGUUGCAAUUCAAAAAUUCAGUUACUGUUGUCAAGCCAUCAACUUCGUUUAAUUGUCUCCCGUAUUUAUCAAACACAGCAUCUUGGAACAAUGAAACAGAUUGUUGCGGGUGGAAUGGUGUCAGAUGUGACUCUGAGUUAGGUCAUGUGAUUGGCCUCGAUCUUUCCUGCACUCCUCUUAAAGGUGAGCUACUUGGUCCCAAUAGUUCCAUUUUCAAGCUAAGACACCUUCAACAUCUUAGCCUACUUUCUUAUGAUUUAGAUGGAUCUCCAAUACACUCUGCAAUUGGUGAUCUUGUCAGCCUCACAUAUUUAACUUUACAUUACCUUAGAAUUAAUGGUGAUGUUCCCUCCAAAAUCUCUCACUUGUCAAAAUUAAAAAAUCUUGAUCUCAAUGUACACUCUAGUGAAUCCAUACCGAGACUUGAUUCAUACACUUGGAACAAACUCAUUCACAAUGCCACCAAUUUAAGGGAAAUUUCUUUACGUGGAGUGAACAUGUCUUCUGUGGGAGAGAGCUCUUUGUCAUUGUUAACCAAUCUGUCGUCCUCUUUGCUUUCUCUCCGUUUCACGGAUACCAAACUCCAAGGGAAAUGGCCAACUGACAUCCUCUGUUUACCCAAUCUCCAAGAAAUGAGUAUCUUAUCGAAUGAAAACCUGACAGGUGAACUUCCAAACUCCAACUGGACUACUCCACUAAGAGCCUUGUUUAUUUAUCGAACUAAUUUCUCAGGAGACAUUCCUGAUUCCAUAGCCCACUUGAAGUCUCUUGUCCAACUAUCCCUUUUUGAAAGCAAUUUUGAUGGAUUUAUUCCACCAUCAUUGUUUGAUCUUACUCUCCUUACUCUUUUACAUUUAUCAGAUAAUAAAUUAGUUGGCCCAAUUCCAACCCAAAUCACCAAACUAUCUGAAUUAUCGAUCCUAAGUUUGAGUGGUAACAUGUUAAACGGAUCAAUUCCCGGUGGGUGUUAUUCUUUGCCUUCUUUAUUCAUCUUGAAUCUUAGUAACAAUCAACUCACAGGGUCAAUUAGUGAGUUCUCAUCUAAUUCUUUGCAAUAUUUGAGACUUUCUAAUAAUAAACUGCAAGGCAAUUUUCCAAAUUUCUCGACACCACAUCUGAAAGAAUUAGAUAUUUCUCAUAACAUAAUUCAAGGAAGGUUUCCCAAAAGGUUUCAAGAGAACCUCUUGCUCUUCUGGAAGAAUAUUAGUUACAUUGAUCUCAGUUUCAAUAAGUUGCAAGGAGAUCUUCCGAUUCUACCAAAUGGCAUUCGAUACUUUUCAGUGUCAAAUAAUGAACUGAGUGGGGACAUUUCUUUAGCAUUGUGCAACGCAACAAUGCUUUAUGUAAUCAACUUGGCUCACAACAACUUGACAGGACUUAUUCCACAAUGCUUGGGAACAUUUCCUUCUCUUUGGGCGUUGGAUUUGCAAGACAACAACCUUUACGGAAGCAUACCCGAUAACUUUUCUGAAGGAAAUGCCUUUAAGACUCUCAAGUUGAAUGGAAAUCACUUGAAGGGACCGUUUCCACAGACUUUGAAUCACUGUACAAACCUUGAUGUUUUGGACCUUGGAAACAAUGACAUAGAGGAUAAAUUUCCCUCUUAUUUAGAAACUUUGCCAACUUUACAGGUACUCAGUUUGCAGUCAAAUAAAUUUUAUGGUGACAUCCCUUCUAUCGGCACCAAACUUUCAUUUCCCAGGCUGAGGAUUUUUGACAUCUCCAAUAACUACUUUACCGGACCCUUGCCAUCAUCAUAUAUCGUCAACUUUCAAGAAAUGAUGAAUGUGGAUCACAGCCAAACUGGUUCGACAUAUUUGGGCAACCAUCGUACAUAUAAUGAUUCAAUAGUGCUGGUGAUUAAAGGGUUUCACAGAGAACUCACGAGGAUAUUUACUGCUUGGAUAGUCAUUGAUUUAUGAAAUAAUAUGUUUGAAGGAGAAGUUCCAAAAGCCAUUGGAGAGUUAAAGUCUCUCAAAGGGCUUAACAUUUCACACAAUAAAAUCACUGGUACCAUUCCACUGUCAUUGGGUAAUUUAACAAAUUUGGAAUGGUUGGACCUCUCAUGGAACCAAUUGAAGGGUGAGAUUCCUAUGACUCUGACAAAUUUGAAUUCUCUUGGUGUCUUGAACCUUUCACAAAAUCAAUUGGAGGGAAUGAUACCUGAGAGUCGACACUUUGACACAUUUGAAAAUGUUUCCUAUGUUGGAAAUCCAAUGCUGUGUGGAUUCCCCUUGUCAAGAUCUUGCAAUGGAAAGAAUGAAAGGAAUAAAGAAAGGUCACAAGGUUCAACAUUUGAUGAAGAAGAAUCAGGAUUUGGGUGGAAAGCCGUUGUAAUCGGCUAUGGAUGUGGGACGAUCUUUGGAAUAAUAUUGGGUUAUAAUGUAUUCUUUGCUGGAAAACCCCAAUGGCUUGCAAGACUCGCUGAAGUUGUGUUUAUUGUUAGACUGCCCAGAGCAAACAAUAGAAAGCGUGUAAUUCGUUUGGGAAGAAAUUAUGUGGCCGCUUUCCGCAGAUCGAAAUGUGGUUUCUCUCCACCGCACUUCCAAUUGCGGAAAGGUGANGAGAGCUCUUUGUCAUUGUUAACCAAUCUGUCGUCCUCUUUGCUUUCUCUCCGUUUCACGGAUACCAAACUCCAAGGGAAAUGGCCAACUGACAUCCUCUGUUUACCCAAUCUCCAAGAAAUGAGUAUCUUAUCGAAUGAAAACCUGACAGGUGAACUUCCAAACUCCAACUGGACUACUCCACUAAGAGCCUUGUUUAUUUAUCGAACUAAUUUCUCAGGAGACAUUCCUGAUUCCAUAGCCCACUUGAAGUCUCUUGUCCAACUAUCCCUUUUUGAAAGCAAUUUUGAUGGAUUUAUUCCACCAUCAUUGUUUGAUCUUACUCUCCUUACUCUUUUACAUUUAUCAGAUAAUAAAUUAGUUGGCCCAAUUCCAACCCAAAUCACCAAACUAUCUGAAUUAUCGAUCCUAAGUUUGAGUGGUAACAUGUUAAACGGAUCAAUUCCCGGUGGGUGUUAUUCUUUGCCUUCUUUAUUCAUCUUGAAUCUUAGUAACAAUCAACUCACAGGGUCAAUUAGUGAGUUCUCAUCUAAUUCUUUGCAAUAUUUGAGACUUUCUAAUAAUAAACUGCAAGGCAAUUUUCCAAAUUUCUCGACACCACAUCUGAAAGAAUUAGAUAUUUCUCAUAACAUAAUUCAAGGAAGGUUUCCCAAAAGGUUUCAAGAGAACCUCUUGCUCUUCUGGAAGAAUAUUAGUUACAUUGAUCUCAGUUUCAAUAAGUUGCAAGGAGAUCUUCCGAUUCUACCAAAUGGCAUUCGAUACUUUUCAGUGUCAAAUAAUGAACUGAGUGGGGACAUUUCUUUAGCAUUGUGCAACGCAACAAUGCUUUAUGUAAUCAACUUGGCUCACAACAACUUGACAGGACUUAUUCCACAAUGCUUGGGAACAUUUCCUUCUCUUUGGGCGUUGGAUUUGCAAGACAACAACCUUUACGGAAGCAUACCCGAUAACUUUUCUGAAGGAAAUGCCUUUAAGACUCUCAAGUUGAAUGGAAAUCACUUGAAGGGACCGUUUCCACAGACUUUGAAUCACUGUACAAACCUUGAUGUUUUGGACCUUGGAAACAAUGACAUAGAGGAUAAAUUUCCCUCUUAUUUAGAAACUUUGCCAACUUUACAGGUACUCAGUUUGCAGUCAAAUAAAUUUUAUGGUGACAUCCCUUCUAUCGGCACCAAACUUUCAUUUCCCAGGCUGAGGAUUUUUGACAUCUCCAAUAACUACUUUACCGGACCCUUGCCAUCAUCAUAUAUCGUCAACUUUCAAGAAAUGAUGAAUGUGGAUCACAGCCAAACUGGUUCGACAUAUUUGGGCAACCAUCGUACAUAUAAUGAUUCAAUAGUGCUGGUGAUUAAAGGGUUUCACAGAGAACUCACGAGGAUAUUUACUGCUUGGAUAGUCAUUGAUUUAUGAAAUAAUAUGUUUGAAGGAGAAGUUCCAAAAGCCAUUGGAGAGUUAAAGUCUCUCAAAGGGCUUAACAUUUCACACAAUAAAAUCACUGGUACCAUUCCACUGUCAUUGGGUAAUUUAACAAAUUUGGAAUGGUUGGACCUCUCAUGGAACCAAUUGAAGGGUGAGAUUCCUAUGACUCUGACAAAUUUGAAUUCUCUUGGUGUCUUGAACCUUUCACAAAAUCAAUUGGAGGGAAUGAUACCUGAGAGUCGACACUUUGACACAUUUGAAAAUGUUUCCUAUGUUGGAAAUCCAAUGCUGUGUGGAUUCCCCUUGUCAAGAUCUUGCAAUGGAAAGAAUGAAAAAGGAAUAAAGAAAUCACAAGGUUCAACAUUUGAUGAAGAAGAAUCAGGAUUUGGGUGGAAAGCCGUUGUAAUCGGCUAUGGAUGUGGGACGAUCUUUGGAAUAAUAUUGGGUUAUAAUGUAUUCUUUGCUGGAAAACCCCAAUGGCUUGCAAGACUCGCUGAAGUUGUGUUUAUUGUUAGACUGCCCAGAGCAAACAAUAGAAAGCGUGUAAUUCGUUUGGGAAGAAAUUAGUUCAAUGUAAUUUUGUUUUAUGUGGGUUCAACGUUUGUCUGUAUUUUCUUUUUUAUAAAACUUGUCUGUAUGGAA